AUGGCGAAGGAAUUGGAGCAACAAAUGAGGAAUAUCAGCCUAUCAGAAGAAGAGAUAAAUGCGAUCAAAGUGGAGGAGAAUGAUGUGGACAAUAUGGCCGACUAUAUCGUGGAAGAACUAGGAGCGGUUGGAAAGCUAUUGGGAGCUCGAAAACCGGGGAUGAAGUUCCUAAAAGCAGCGUUGGUUGCAGCCUGGAAGCCAAUUCAAGAUUUUGAUGUUCAAGUACUGGAGGAAAACUUUCUGGUUUUCCAAUUCAUACAAGCAGAAGACAGGACAAAAGCACUCUAUGGAGGCCCUUGGCACUUCGAAAACCAGUUAAUCAUCAUUAGACCGGUGGAUAGGGGUAAGGAGUUGAAAGAUACAGAUUUUAGCUGCUCGGAGAUGUGGGUUAGAAUCAGGAAGAUUCCAGCAAAAUUGAGAACAGAGAAUAUGGCUACAAAAAUUGGGGCCAUGUUUGGAACUUUGAAGGUCUACGACAACGCAAAUUCAGGAGUUUGGAGCAACUACAUGAGACGUAGAGUAACCUUCCAGAUUACGAAGCCGUUAAGAAGAGGAGUGCUACUGGAGGUUGAUAAUCGAAAACAAUGGUAUGUGGUGGCCUAUGAAAAACUACCAAAUUUCUGUUACAACUGCGGAAUGCUAGGACACCUGAAGAAGGAUUGCCAAGAAGAAUUAGUUCCAGAAGAAGAAGCUCAGUAUGGCAGUUGGAUGCGAGCUACGUCGCCAAUCAAGAAGUACGAUAAGAAGAACAGAUGGGUGGCAGCAAAAGCGGAAAAGAUUUGGUCGGCGGCGAAAUUGAAAGUCUCCAGCGAGGAGUCUGGGGAGUCGAAGAGAUCUGGCUCGAUUGAAGAGACGACGCAUCGUGUUCUGAAGACAGCAAAGAAAAAGCUUUUCGAUAUAAUAAAUGAGGAGGUAAUUAAUGAGGAUUCUUUCUCCCAAAGGUUGGAAAUUAAAGACAAAGAAGCGGGAGAGCAAGGGAUUCGGAGCAACUUAUUGGUUCUGGAGCAGAUUAAAGAAAAGGGGGAAGAGCCAAAAGAACAGGAGAAAAUAAGAGAAAGUGGACCAAACGAGUUAACUAACGGAACUCUGACAGAACCUUUAGCCCAAGUUUUUGUGGGCCUAGAAUUACAGAGUUCUCAAAACGCAGAAGUAGAAGAAGCGAGUGGUGGAAAUGGGACAAAAGGAAGAGAUAAGCAAGUGUCCUGCCAAAUAACACAGAAAAGGUGGGUGAGAAAAAAGGAUAGAGAAAGGAAGGCAGGGGAAUCAGGGGAAAUCGUAGGAGUGGGAAAGAAGAGAAGCAAUGAAGAGGAUGAUAUGGAAAUUGAUGGUGAAAAAGAGGUGGGUUACAAGCAUGAGGGGAAGAGAUCAAAGGAGGAGAAAGAAAGAUUCAAACAACUACUACCAGAGGCGGUCCCUGUCAAGGAACAGGGCCGCCUACAACAAUGA